AUGGCGGCCUACGCCGCCUCACACAAGCCUAUCAAGGGGAUCCUCAAGAAAAAAAGCUCUAUGGCGGCUUCCCCGGCGGCAGAGGCCCCCAAGCAGCAGUCCGGAGGGACUACCGAAGUACAAAGAAAAAAGUCUCAAAGGUGGGACGAAUCAAACAUCCUGGCGACAUGCCGCCCUUCAUACAGAGAGUAUGAUUUAAUGAAGAUAAAUGAGCCCAGCACUUCCCACCUCAGUAUGCAAGAUGGCAGAGAAGAUACAGCGUAUGAUUUGGAAACAAAAGACCCGACCAGAGCCACGACCUUAGACAUCUUAGCUGAGAAGUUUGCAGCCAUUGAUACCUCUGAGCCGAAGAACUUGAAGAUGACAGAGCCAGAGAGCGACGGGCCUCACACCAGCAAAACCUUCCUCGACAAACAAGAAAAACAGCGGCAGUUUGAAUUGAGAAGGAAGCUGCACUGCAACGAAGGACUGAAUAUCAAAUUAGCUAGAGAGUUAAUUGCAAGAGACUUCCAAUGUGAAGAAAUGGAGGAUGGAAACGAACAAUGUCCAUGUAUUACUAACGAAGAGAAGACUCCUGCAGAACCAGGUCCUGCAAGUGAUGAACUGCAAACCUAG